CUCCAGGACGCGUGCCCCGAGCCCGGGAGGCAUGCUGAGGCCAGGCCGCUGGCAGGAUGAGUGUGAACGAGGCAGGCAGCUCCAGCCGCGGGGGGCAGGCGGCCUACCACCUGCACAUCUACCCGCAGCUGGCCACCAGCGAGAGCCGGGCCUCGUGCCGCGUGACCGCCACCAAGGACAGCACAACGUCCGAUGUCAUCCAGGAUGCCAUUGCCAGCCUGCAGCUGGAUUGUACCAAGUGCUACGUGCUGGUGGAGGUGAAGGAGACGGGUGGGGAGGAGUGGGUGCUGGAUGCCAACGACUCGCCCGUGCACCGCGUGCUGCUGUGGCCCCGGCGGGCCCAAGACGAGCACCCGCAGGAGGACGGCUACUACUUCCUGCUGCAGGAGCGCAACGCCGACGGCACCAUCAAGUACGUGCACAUGCAGCUGGUGUCCCAGGCCACAGCCACCCGGCGCCUGGUGGAGCGCGGCCUCCUGCCCCGGCAGCAGGCGGACUUUGACGACCUGUGCGACCUCCCCGAGCUAACCGAGGAGAAGCUCCUGAAGAACCUCAAGCACCGCUUCCUGCAGCAGAAGAUCUACACGUACGCGGGGAGCAUCCUGGUGGCCGUCAAUCCCUUCAAGUUCCUCCCCAUCUACAACCCCAAGUACGUGAAGAUGUACGAGAACCAGCAGCUGGGCAAGCUGGAGCCACACGUGUUCGCGCUGGCCGACGUGGCCUACUACGCCAUGCUCCGGAAGCGGGUCAACCAGUGCAUCGUGAUCUCGGGCGAGAGCGGCUCGGGCAAGACGCAGAGCACGAACUUCCUGAUCCACUGCCUCACCGCGCUGAGCCAGAAGGGCUACGCCAGCGGCGUCGAGAGGACCAUCCUGGGCGCCGGCCCCGUGCUGGAGGCUUUCGGAAAUGCCAAAACGGCCCACAACAACAAUUCCAGCCGAUUUGGGAAAUUCAUCCAGGUCAACUACCUGGAGAGUGGCAUCGUGAGAGGGGCUGUUGUCGAAAAAUACCUGCUUGAAAAGUCCCGCCUGGUCUCUCAAGAGAAGGAUGAGAGGAACUACCACGUGUUUUAUUAUUUGUUACUUGGCGUCAGCGAGGAAGAGCGUCAAGAAUUUCAGCUCAAGCAGCCUGAAGAUUAUUUCUACCUCAACCAGCAUAACUUGAAGAUCGAAGAUGGAGAAGACCUGAAACAUGACUUUGAGAGACUCAAGCAGGCCAUGGAGAUGGUGGGCUUCCUCCCUGCUACCAAGAAGCAGAUUUUUUCUGUCCUCUCAGCCAUCUUAUACCUGGGCAACGUUACGUACAAGAAGAGAGCCACGGGCCGAGAUGAAGGUCUGGAGGUCGGGCCCCCCGAGGUGCUGGACACGCUGUCCCAGCUCCUGAAGGUAAAGCGAGAAAUCUUGGUGGAGGUCCUGACCAAAAGAAAAACAGUGACAGCCAAUGACAAACUCAUCCUUCCCUACAGUCUCAGCGAGGCUAUCACCGCCCGCGACUCCAUGGCCAAGUCCCUGUACAGCGCUCUGUUCGACUGGAUCGUUCUGCGGAUCAACCACGCCCUCCUCAACAAGAAAGACAUGGAAGAGUCUGUCUCGUGCCUGUCCAUUGGGGUCCUCGACAUAUUCGGAUUUGAAGACUUCGAAAGGAACAGUUUUGAACAAUUUUGCAUCAACUAUGCCAACGAGCAGCUUCAGUAUUACUUCAACCAGCACAUUUUCAAACUAGAGCAGGAGGAGUACCAGAGCGAAGGGAUCUCGUGGCACAACAUUGACUAUACUGAUAACGUCGGCUGCAUCCAUCUCAUCAGCAAGAAGCCCACCGGGCUCUUCUAUCUGCUGGACGAAGAGAGCAACUUUCCCCACGCCACGAGCCAGACCCUGCUGGCCAAGUUCAAACAGCAGCAUGAAGACAACAGGUACUUCCUUGGCACCCCCGUCAUGGAGCCAGCGUUCAUCAUUCAGCACUUCGCAGGGAAAGUGAAAUAUCAGAUCAAGGACUUCCGGGAAAAGAACAUGGACUACAUGCGACCCGACAUCGUGGCCCUCCUGCGGGGCAGCGACAGCUCCUAUGUGCGGGAGCUCAUCGGCAUGGAUCCUGUGGCCGUGUUCCGCUGGGCCGUGCUCCGGGCCGCCAUCCGGGCCAUGGCCGUGCUCCGGGAGGCCGGGCGCCUGCGGGCCGAGAGGGCCGAGAAGGCUGCAGCAGGUACGGGCAGCCCGGGCAGCCACGGUCUCCUGGGAGAGCUGCAGAGAGGAACCAGCACCCCGUCGGAAAAACUGUACCGCUGCUCAAUGCUAGAUUUCUCAUUUGACGGCUCUGAGGAGUUCGAUAUUAACGCUUUUGAGGACAUCAUUGCUUUCUAUGAAAGCAAGAACGAUUUGCAUGACCAAAUCAUCAAGACCAUCAAAGGAUUGCCCUGGCAGGGUGAGGACCCCCGUAGGCUUCUCCAGUCCCUCAGUCGGCUCCAGAAAUCCCGCACCUUCAUCCUGAAAAGUAAAGGUAUCAAACAAAAGCAGCUCAUUCCAAAGAACCUGCUGGACUCCAAGUCCCUGAAACUCAUCAUCAGCAUGACUCUUCACGACCGCACCACCAAGUCCCUGCUGCACCUACACAAGAAGAAGAAGCCGCCUAGCAUCAGCGCCCAGUUCCAGACGUCCCUUAACAAGCUCCUGGAGGCACUGGGGAAGGCAGAGCCUUUCUUUAUCCGCUGCAUCCGCUCCAAUGCCGAGAAGAAAGAGCUGUGUUUCGAUGACGAGCUGGUGCUGCAGCAGCUGCGCUACACGGGCAUGCUGGAGACGGUGCGGAUCCGGAGGUCAGGCUACAGCGCCAAGUACACGUUCCAGGAUUUCACAGAGCAGUUCCAGGUGCUGCUGCCCAAGAACACCCAGCCCUGCAGGGAGGUCAUCUCUGCCCUGCUGGAAAAGAUGGACGUGGACAAGAGGAACUACCAGAUCGGGAAGACCAAGGUUUUCCUGAAGGAGACAGAGCGCCAAGCCCUGCAGGAGACGCUGCACCGGGAGGUCGUGCGGAAGAUCUUGCUCCUUCAGAGCUGGUUCCGGAUGGUGCUGGAACGCCGGCACUUCCUGCAGAUGAGGCAGGCAGCCAUCACCAUCCAGGCCUGCUGGCGGUCCUACCGCGUCCGACGGGCACUGGAAAGGACACAGGCCACCGUGUACCUCCAGGCUGCGUGGAGGGGCUACCGGCAACGGGUGGCCUACCGGCGUCGUAGGCAGAGCAUUAUCCGCCUGCAGAGCCUCUGCCGGGGUCACCUUCAGCGCAAGAGCUUCAGCCAGAUGGUCGCAGAGAAGCGGAAGGCUGCAGAGGAGAGGGAAGCCCAGCAAGCCAUGAGGGAAGAAACGGCAGAGGGCAGCCCGGGCCAGGCAUCCGAGCAGGAGCAGGUGCCCAGGCAGGACCCAGAACCAUCGGAGGACAGGGAGCAUUCCCUGGAACCCGAGGCGUGGCCAAGCGAGGAGACCCUGGCAGAGCUCUCCCAACCAGAGAAGGAGGUCCCCCGCCCAGAAAAAGCUCUCCCACCCCAGAAAACUGCAGCUGAAAGUCAUGAGAAAGUGCCCAGCAGCCGGGAGAAGCGCGAGUCACGGCGGCAGAGGGGGCUGGAGCACGUGAAGCUCCAAAACAAACACAUACAGUCCUGUAAGGAAGAGAACGCUCUCAGAGAACCUUCUGGAAGGACUGUGCUAGAGCAAGAGGAGAGCCUCCCAGAAGACAGAAAGGAAAACAGAGAAGACAAAAGCCCUUCAGACUUGGGGACAGAGACAGAGAAUGCUUCUCAGAAGCAGCCUGAGGAGCCACUGCAGGCCACGCCGGCCAGCCAGCUCUCUGGAGAAACCCUGAAGAUGCCACAGGGUGGGGACCUAACGCCUGGCCACAUGGAACGGCCAACCAGCCUACCCUUGGACAGUAGGAUCAGUGUGCCAGCCCCCAGCACCACCCCUGAGACCCCCAAGGACAAGGGCAAGCUGGGGAGCGAACUGAGGGCACAGGACAGGCCUGAGAGCCCUGGAGGCUCCACCCAGAUCCAGCGGUACCGGGACCCAGACUCUGAGCGGCUGGCCAGUGCCGUGGAGCUAUGGCGGGGCAAGAAGCUGAUUGUUCCUGGUUCGAGCACCAUGCUGAGCCAGUCCCUGGACCUCAGCGAGCGGCACCGGGCCACUCUCACACCCACAGAGGAGCGACGCAUUUCCUUAUCCACAAGCGAUGUCUCCAAGCUCCUCCCGUCCCCAUCCCAGACCAAGAUGCAGCCUUCUAUAGAAACCGUGGACGGGGAGCCCAGCACCAAGAAGCUGGCCGUCCAGAAGAAGAAGUCAGGCGACACAUCUGUCGGCACAGACUCCGGGCUGUCCCCAGGCCCCCAGGCCGACUCUAAAUCCACUUUUAAAAGACUUUUCUUGCAUAAGAAUAAGGAUAAAAAGUCCAGCCUGGAGGGGGUGGAGGAAACCGAGAACACAGCACCCGGGCACACUGUGCUAGAAGCCACCACCACAAAAAAGAACCUAGAAGCCUCCUCCAGCCACCAGCACCGCCACCCAGCAGGCGAGAAGCACGCCAAGGAGCCAGGAGGCAAAGGGAAGAAGAACCGAAACCUCAAGAUCGGCAAAAUCACAGUGUCAGAGAAGUGGCGAGAAUCAGUGUUCCGCAAGAUCACCAACGCCAACGAGCUCAAGUACCUGGAUGAGUUCCUGCUCAACAAGAUAAACGACCUGCGUUCUCAGAAGACUCCCAUCGAGAGCUUGUUCAUAGAAGCCACCGAGAAGUUCAGGAGCAACCUCAAAACCAUGUACUCCGUCCCCAACGGGAAGAUCCACGUCGGCUACAAGGACCUGAUGGAGAACUACCAGAUUGUCGUGAACAACCUGGCGGCCGAGCGCGGGGAAAAGGACACCAACCUGGUCCUCAACCUCUUCCAGUCACUGCUCGACGAGUUCACCCGCGGGCACACCAAGAAUGACUUCGAGCCGCCCAAGCAGAGCAAAGCGCAGAAGAAGAAGCGGAAGCAGGAUCGCGCUGUCCAGCAGCACAACGGGCACGUGUUCGUCAGCUACCAGGUGAGCAUCCCGCAGUCGUGCGAGCAGUGCCUCUCCUACAUCUGGCUCAUGGACAAGGCCCUGCUCUGCAGCGUGUGCAAGAUGACCUGCCACAAGAAGUGUGUACACAAGAUUCAGACCUACUGCUCCUACACAUGCGGGAGCAAGAGCGAGCCAGGUGCCGAGCCAGGCCACUUUGGCGUGUGCGUGGACAGCCUGACCAAUGACAAGGUUUCCGUGCCCAUUGUGCUGGAGAAGCUUCUGGAACAUGUGGAGAUGCACGGCCUGUACACCGAAGGCCUCUACCGCAAGUCAGGCGCUGCUAACCGCACACGGGAGCUACGACACGCACUGCAGACAGACCCCGCAGCCGUCAAGCUGGAGAAUUUCCCCAUCCAUGCCAUCACCGGCGUGCUCAAACAGUGGCUCCGAGAGCUGCCGGAGCCGCUCAUGACUUUUGCCCAGUACGGCGACUUCCUCCGAGCCGUAGAGCUGCCGGAGAAGCAGGAGCAGCUGGCCGCCAUUUACGCCGUGCUGGAGCACCUGCCCGAGGCCAACCACAACUCGCUGGAGCGGCUCAUCUUCCACCUCGUCAAGGUGGCCCUGCUGGAGGACGUGAACCGCAUGUCGCCCAGCGCUCUAGCCAUCAUCUUCGCACCCUGCCUCCUGCGCUGCCCCGACAACUCGGACCCGCUGACCAGCAUGAAGGACGUCCUCAAGGUCACCACCUGCGUGGAGAUGCUCAUCAAGGAACAGAUGCGGAAGUACAAGGUGAAGAUGGAGGAGAUCAGCCAGCUGGAAGCCGCGGAGAGCAUUGCUUUCCGCAGGCUCUCCCUCCUGCGACAGAACACUCCAUGGCCUCUCAAACUGGGGUUUUCGUCUCCCUAUGAGGGGGUCCUGAACAAGAGCCCCAAGGUCCGGGCGAGCAGCGCUGGUGGCCCGGAGGAGCUGGGGGUGCUGCCGGAAGAGGAAGUGCCCAGCGGCGACGAGGACCGCGAGAAGGAGAUCCUCAUUGAACGGAUCCAGUCCAUCAAGGAGGAGAAGGAGGACAUCACCUACCGGCUGCCGGAACUGGACCCUCGGGGCUCCGACGAGGAAAACCUGGACUCAGAAACGUCGGCCAGCACUGAGAGCCUGUUGGAAGAGCGGGCCGGGCGGGGGGCCUCAGAAGGGCCCCCCGCGCCUGCUCUCCCCAGCCCCGGCGCGCCCGCCCUGAGCCCCCUCCCCGUGGCAGCCGCCCCUCCACGACGAAGGCCGUCGUCCUUCGUGACGGUCAGAGUGAAGACCCCCCGGCGGACCCCCAUCAUGCCCACAACCAACAUCAAGCUCCCACCCGGCCUGCCCUCCCACCUCCCCGGCCGGGCACCGGGUGCCCAGGAGGCUGCUGCCCCAGUGAGGCGCCGAGAGCCGCCUGCCCGCCGCCCGGACCAGGUACACUCUGUGUAUAUCACACCCAGCGCUCACCUGCCCGUGCAGGGCACACGGGAGCCCCUGGAUGAGGAUGACCGGCCUCCUGGGGCCAAGCGGAGGUACUCAGACCCCCCGACCUACUGCCUGCCCCCCACCUCGGGCCAGGCGAAUGGCUGAGGGCCCACAGUGCCGGAGUCCCCGCGAGUCUGAGGACCAGCCGGUGCCAGAGCUGGGCACUGAGCUGCAGAGCCAGCGUUUGGCUGAGAAGGAUCCCGAAUGAAAAGCUCCAAGACAAUGUGAGGUGGGCACCAGGCCCAAGUGCAGAGUCCAAGCAGGGAGAGGCCGGCCAAGGCCCGGCCGCCCUUGCUGAGCCCCCACGCCACAUAGAUGUGCCCACCCAGAGCACCAAAUCAUGGUGGGCGGCCUGGCAACUGGCAUCUCCCACUUCCCUCUUUGUUUUAUAGGGUAACUGUUUCUUUGUGCGUGGUUUACAUAACUUUAAACUAUAACAGCCUUAACAAGAGACCAAAUUGUUUUUUAUACGUGUAUGUACAAACUUUUAUAUUAACGCCCUACAUCUCCCUUAUAACCUGGACUUGAGUCUUCAGAGCAAAGCCUGCAUAGCCGCCACACGUCGGGGGCUCAGACCCGCCCUGAGGACGGCCUAGGGUCUGAGGACCGGGGCCUCGCACAAGAGAUUUGGACCGUUGGGGCCCCCGACUGCCCCAGGUGUGUCUCGGACGCAUCCCCUGGCCAGCUGGCAUGCAUCUGAAGGAGCGUUGGAGCCUCUCUGGGGAUCAGGCUGGUGGCGGGAGUCAGGACACGAGGGGCUCGGUUGGCAGCCUCCACCUGCAGCCUCCACCACAGACCUCACAUCCCAGGGAGACUUGAAUGUGGCCGUCACUCUUCUGUCCGCCGUGCCCUGGACUCAGGAGGCCAGAGGAGGUCACCUUCGGCACACUGCCCACUCUGUGUGGCCAACAGGAGCCACGACUCAGGACCACUCUCAGGCGGGGGGGGGCGGGGCAAGGCCUGGGUUGGACAUUCCUGCUGGUCAACGGUGACAGCCUGGGGAUCUCCGGAGUUGGGCUCCCCGUCCCUCAGGCUUGGCUCACUCCCCAGACACAUGGCCACAGGUCUGGGACGAGAGGUGCCCCAGGUGCCCCACAAGCCGUGCAAAAUAAAAAGUGCCUGAAAGGUG